CUCGUACAUCCCUCUUCUCGAGGUAGAUAUGGUGGUCUUCAAGGCUUCGCGAAUAGAAACCACGCCUUUCGACGGCCAGAAGCCUGGAACUUCUGGUCUCCGUAAGAAGGUGAAGGUAUUCAUUCAGCCAAAUUACCUGCACAAUUUUGUCCAGUCAACAUUCAAUGCUUUGACCUCAGAAAAAGUUAGAGGUGCUACACUUGUUGUGUCAGGGGAUGGUCGCUAUUUUUCAAAGGAAGCAAUUCAGAUUAUUACCAAAAUGGCAGCAGCAAAUGGAGUAAGACGUGUUUGGAUUGGUCAAAACGGAUUGCUUUCAACUCCUGCUGUAUCUGCUGUUAUACGUGAAAGAGUGGGGGUUGAUGGAUCCAGAGCAACAGGUGCAUUUAUACUGACUGCAAGUCAUAAUCCUGGUGGACCUCAUGAGGAUUUUGGGAUUAAAUAUAACAUGGAAAAUGGCGGACCAGCUCCUGAGGGAAUUACUAACCAGAUCUAUGAGAACACAACAACAAUUAAGGAGUACUUCAUUGCUGAAGAUCUGCCUGAUGUGGAUAUAACCACAAUAGGUGUAACAAACUUUACAGGCCCUGAAGGACCAUUUGAUGUUGAUGUUUUUGAUUCAGCAAGUGAUUAUGUAAAGUUGAUGAAGUCAAUCUUUGAUUUUGAGUCUAUUGGGAAACUGUUGUCUUCGCCGAAAUUCACAUUCUGUUAUGAUGCACUGCAUGGAGUUGCUGGAGCUUAUGCAAAGCGCAUAUUUGUGGAAGAACUUGGGGCACAAGAAUGCUCUUUACUUAACUGUACACCAAAGGAAGACUUUGGCGGAGGGCACCCAGACCCCAAUUUGACCUAUGCAAAGGAGUUGGUUGCUCGCAUGGGAUUGAGCAAAUCAGUACCUCAAGAUGAGCCACCUGAAUUUGGUGCAGCUGCUGAUGGUGAUGCAGAUCGUAACAUGAUACUUGGGAAAAGGUUUUUUGUCACUCCAUCUGAUUCUGUAGCCAUAAUUGCUGCAAAUGCUGUUGAAGCUAUACCCUAUUUUUCUAGUGGCUUGAAGGGAGUUGCCAGGAGUAUGCCAACCUCUGCUGCCCUGGAUGUUGUAGCCAAACAUUUGAACCUGAAAUUUUUUGAGGUCCCAACUGGUUGGAUUUUUGGUAACUUAAUGGAUGCUGGAUUAUGUUCAAUUUGUGGUGAAGAAAGCUUUGGAACUGGUUCGGACCAUAUUCGUGAGAAAGAUGGAAUAUGGGCAGUUCUGGCCUGGUUAUCUAUUCUUGCAUAUAAAAAUAGGGAUAAGCUUGGUGGAGACAAACUUGUGACAGUUGAAGACAUAGUUGUUCAGCAUUGGGCUACUUAUGGGCGUCAUUUCUAUACUCGAUAUGACUAUGAAAACGUGGAUGCAGGUGCAGCAAAGGAACUGAUGGCAUAUUUAGUCAAACUGCAGUCAUCACUUUCUGAAGUCAAUCAGAUUAUCAAGGGAGUAAGAUCAGAUGUGUCAAAUGUCGUCCAUGCUGAUGAAUUUGAAUACAAAGAUCCUGUGGAUGGUUCCAUUUCAUCACACCAGGGCAUCCGUUAUUUGUUUGAGGACGGAUCACGAUUGAUUUUCCGUCUCUCUGGAACUGGUUCAGAAGGAGCGACAAUUCGUCUGUACAUUGAGCAAUACGAGAAGGAUCCAUCGAAAACCGGGAGACUUUCGCAAGAAGCGCUUGCUCCUCUUGUGGAGGUUGCAUUGAAACUUUCAAAGAUGCAAGAAUUCACUGGUCGAUCUGCUCCAACAGUCAUUACAUAAAUGCAAACGUACACCUUGGUUGAUUCAUUUGCCCAAAAAACAGAGAGCCUCGGUUGAACCUUAUUUUUGAGGCAUGUCUUCUCUUGUUUAUUUAUCCAUAUCUUUCUGAAAUUCAAUCCAACAAUCUUGUGAACAGCGUACCUGAGUAUGGUUAAGUAUUUUGCAUAAAGGCACACGAGUUGAAAACA